CCCACACCACACCAUACCUGGACCAGACACACGCCCACACGGCACUCUGUUUACACCCACACUCCUUAACCACCAGCCAAAGUUUCAGAUGCAGAUCAUCCAUAUGACCUCACUUCUUUGAGUCGCAUAUCGGCCGCAACCGCGGCUGGCCAGUCUUUAUCGUCGUAUUAUCUAUUGAUAAAUCUAUCCUUCGCCAGAGCCACUCGUUACUCACACCACUCUCACUAUUGCCUGAGGGGGAUCCUCUAUCCUCUCCCCUGCCACUCUCUUUCACAAUGCGCAGCGCCGCUCUCUCAUCGCUGUCGCAAACACUGCUUCUGCUCUCCAUCGCGUCGUCCACGCCGGCUCUCGUCGUCGCCGAUGGCACCGUAUGGGCCACUCCCCACGACAGUUACUCGUCGUCCGUCGGCGUGCUCGGCUGCAAGAUCAACACUGACCGCGUCGCGUACUGGCCCGGCUCUGUCGACUGCGACAACCUCUGCCUAUCCCUGACCUACGACGACGGCACCGACCGCCGCACCGUCAAGCUCUUGCGCGUCGACCAGUCCCAGGGUGCCUACGAUGUCAGCUACGACGCCUGGAACUACCUCUACACCGGCAAGUCUGCCAAGAAGGCCCCCGUCGCCGGUGGCCCGCUGCCCAUGGAGUACAAGGAGCUGCCCGCCGACGAGUGCAAGGACCUGCUCCGGACCAAGGGCAAGCGGCUGCCCCUCAGCGCCUCCAACAGCAUGAACUACCUCGCCAGCUGCCUCGGACAGCCCGACAGCUGGGUCGCCCGGAACUACGCUCUCUACAACACCCUCGACUCGAUAUGCUCCUGGGGCUACGACGAGGAGUGCGAAAUCGACUGGCCCGCCGCGAACCAGCCCACCUGCAAGCACGCCCUCGGCAUACCCAUCGAGCUGAAGGACGCGCCCGUCUACAACGUCCAGUACCCCUCGGGCGAUGUCGUCGUCGCCUCCACUGGCGAGAAGGUCUCCACCCCGAGCGAGAGCACGAGUCUGGCCGCCCCGACCCCGACCCAGAAUGGCGCCCCAGGCCGCGGAGUUAUGAUGCUGUCGAUGGCCGGGUCGCUGCUGUGGACGUGUCUGAUGCUGAGUUCGUGUUGAUGCGGACAGGAUCCCGAGUGCGAGGUUUUCAUUUUAUGACCUCUCUUCUUCUUUCUUGUUAUCAUUCUUCUUGUCUUUUUGUGGAACGUCGAUGCCAUCAUACGAGAUACCAUGUAUACCCCUCUAGCACCCCCUUACCCACGUCUUACGACAAUAAUGCCACAAUUCUAAUACCCUUUGUUCUUCCUACCAUCCGUCUCCGCAUGCUACCAAGGUGAUCCGCGCCGUUGACCGUUGAGAACCGACUCUCCAAGUCUAGACAAUGACUGAGACAGCUUCAUCUCGCAGAGACAACGGCCAAGGUCAUACCGCACUCUCAACGGGGGUCAUAUGCCAAACUCUUCGUCGUUCGAAUUUCCGAGCCCCCCGGAGGGCUGCUUGCUCUUUUUGUCUAAUGCUCUUACAGAAAUUUCUAAAAGACAACGCUUUCGCCAUGUAUGUAAUGAAAUCCAAUAUCACACCCGGCACACCCUGGGAUCGGAAGCUGUACGGCUCCCUGGACGACUUUCCCCCCAAACCAC